AUUUAUUUCAGAAAAUGUAAAUCAAUGCUGCGUUUAUCACGACAAAUGCUAUGAUGAUCAACACGGCAGAAAAUAUUGUGACGAUACCUUUUGCUCUUGCUUGGAGCAAGUGACCAGAGGUUACAAAGUGUGUCACGAUGAGAAUAGUGUCUUAUUUUGCUCGAUGGUCCGACAAUUUGGCGCUCAUGCUUAUCUUCGUGCGGGUAAUCAUACAGGUGCAGUACUAGUCGAGGAGACAGAGGUUGAUCUGUCACAUAUUGGUAAUAGCACUAAUUUUGACAAAGAUGACGUUGCAGUUCUUGAUUUUGAUUACGAGACCCUCGUCAGAGCUAACGACACUAAUGGCAAACCUAUACGGGAAGGUACCGAUCUUUUAGAAGUGCUCGUAAAAACUGCAAAAUAG